AUGUCUGCGAAUGUGGGUUUGCCAACGUGGCCACAUUUGCAAGAGACUUAUACGAAGGAAGGGCAACACGGUGAUUUGGGAGAGAGGAACCUGUUCCUACACCAUGAAAGGACGGCACCGAUGGGCCCCAGCGAUGCCAGUGGAAGCUCGGGAAGCCAUUCUGGAGCUCACCAGGAAUACAACAAUGUUUCUGCGGCCCAGAAGAUGAUCUCGGCGACAUGGGGAAGUCUCCUAACCUCCCUACUCGUGACGCCUCUUGACGUUGUCCGUGUUCGUCUCCAAUCGCAAACUCCUGUCGUCCGUAAUUCUGGAGAUGUAUUCUCCGUUCCCGCUUUCAGGGAACUUCCCCCAAACCUUGGGGUCACAUCCUGCUGUCGAGAAGUGUUCUGGGUCGGAAACAACGCACAGUUUUGCAUGGUGGGAGCAAAUGGUUCGGCAAUCAGUAGCCAAGCCUCUGCCAGUGCCACAGCAGGCUGUGCGGUAGAAGAAACCCGGCGAAGAAGGUUCACAUCCACACUCGACGGGCUCCGCAAGAUUGCCAGGAAUGAAGGGGUCUUAUCGCUCUGGCGCGGCCUCAGUCCCACCCUAAUAAUGGCAAUCCCAGCGAACGUCAUCUACUUCACGGGCUAUGACUGGUUGCGCUACGACAAACAUAGCCCCGUGAACCAGGUCUUUAAUGACACAUAUGCCCCGCUAGUGGCCGGUGGUAUAGCUCGUGUUGCCGCUGCAUCGGUCAUCAGUCCCAUUGAAAUGUUCAGGACACGGCUGCAAGCUACGUCGGGGACGGGGACAAACCAUUUCAAAGCCACGUUCCAACGGCUGCAUCAGAUGACUCAGACGCUGGGGUAUAGCUCGCUCUGGCGGGGACUGACACUUACGAUGUGGCGGGAUGUGCCUUUCUCCGCUUUGUAUUGGUUGGGGUAUGAGUCUGUCAAGACCUUCCUUACGGAUAUGCGGUUGAAGGCGAUGGCUCUUCCGACUGCGCGCCUCGCGGAUGGCCAUCGCCAUCAUCGCCAACAGCAGCAACUUCACAGUCAUCGCAAUGUCCACCCACACCACGAAAAUACCAUGACAUUCCUCGACAGCUUUGCCGCCGGCGCCAUAUCCGGCGCCCUUGCAGCGCUCAUCACCACCCCCUUCGACGUAGGCAAGACGCGACAGCAGGUAUUCCUGCACUGCGGCGACGAGUCCGGGUCGAGAGCGCCGCCCGCCCAAUCCAUCCUCAGCACCUCCACUACCUCCUCCGGUGCUCUCACUGCCAGCAACACCAGCAAGUCCUUUACCUCCUCGUCCUUCUCAAGCUUCAUAUCGUCUCUCCUCAUCAUCAUCAUCAUCAAUCAUCAACGCCAUGGCGGCAGGGGAAGUGGUGGUGAUGGGGAUCGGGUGUAA